AAGGUUAUUUAUGCUUUGAAUCUCAAAGUUGAUGAAUAUGAAGCGAACAUUCUAACUCUAAAGGAAAGUCACCAAAAUGAAAUAGAACAAAUAUCCAAUGAAAAAAAAGAAAAGGUUCUCCAGUAUGAGAGCAUGGUGGGGGAGGAGAAGAACUUGAGACUACAGAUCCAGAACCUGGAGGAGACCUUGGAGAAGAACAACAUGGUGAAGGAACAAACUCUAGCAGACCUCUCAAUGUACAAGAAGCAGACAGAAGAGAGGGAACUGAAGACCCAGUGUGAGCAGGCAGAAAGGAUUGCAGCUCUAUCCAGGGAAAUGCUGUCUAUGAAAACUGAUUAUGAAACCCGUCUACAAGAGAUGACUGAGGAGGCCGAUUCUCUGAGAAGGGAACGAACACUAGGUGAGAAAGAAAAAUCCAUAGAAAAACUUAAUGAAAAGCUUAACAAGGAGAUCCAAGCUCUGAACAAGGAAGUGGAGAGUCUUAAGAGCCAGAACCACAAGCUGACAGAGGAGUACACAAUGAAGACGAACAAGCUUCACAGCAAUUACAUUAAAGAAAAGGAGAACUUAAGAAAGGCUUUGCAGCAGUCUGUUACUGAAAUGAUAAAACAGCUACAGCAGAAAGAGCAAGAUCAGAGGAAGGCUAGCCAGGUCAAAGAGGCAGCAACUCAGCUGGAAGUCAAACAGUUAAAAGGGGACAUUAAAGCAAAGGAACUUGAAAUUCUUGAAGCCAAAGAAUUUUCUCUCAGGAUGCAGGAAAGGACUCAGGAGCUGGAACUAGAGUUAAGUCAGAGGGACCAAGAGCUGAUAGAAUGCAGAAACCUACAGUCCCAGGCGGAAGAGGAGCUUGCUGUGGCGAAACAGAGACUAUUACAACAAGAAAAUGAGAUCCAGAGCCAGAUAGAACAGAUGAAGACCGUGUCAAGCGCACACAAAGCUGCUCUGGGCGAACUAGCUGAAUUAAAAAGUCAAUUAGAUCAACUUCAGCAGAAGCCAUCUCGUAAGACAAGUGCAAGUAAGAGAGACAGUGGGGAAGCUGUCAGUUCAAAGCAGGCAUUCAGAGAACACUCAGUUCCAAGACAAGAACAUGGGAAACAGCACAAAGAUGAAGUCAGUAAAACAAAACGCCAGAGAGAGGCAGAGGCCAAGCAUCUUAAGGAGCAGUUAGCAAAGAGCCGAGAAGACUUAGCUAAGAUCCACGCUGCAGAGAUGAAAUCUGUGCAAAUUGCCAUGGAGGCAGAAAAAAGACAGUUGCAAAAAGAACAUGAAAUGCAUAUAGAAGAGCUGAAAAAGAAAAAUGAAGCCAAGAUCAGUCAACUGAUGGAGGAGAGAGACACCCUUUAUGUUAAACUUCAAGAUUCCAUAUGUCAGAAUAAAGCUCUUCCUCAGCCAUGUGAAAUGUCCGGUUCAAGUAUAUCGAAUAAGGAAAUUAAAGAAAACGCACAGCUGUCGGCUGAUUUUAGAAGCAAGGAAACUAAAAGAUAUGAGCUAUGUGAUUGUUCUUCAAGCCCUGCUUCUCAAUUACAUGCAACACAAGCAGAGUGCGAACAUGUUGUUGGACUACAGGAAGAAAGUGCUCAGGAUUUAAAAAAACAAAAUACUCCGUUGGAUGAAUAUGAAAUAGAGAUGUCCCGGAUGGAACAGGAGAAUUUAGUUUUACGAGAUUCCAUGGAACUACUAAGCAAAGAAAUUUCCAAAUCCCAGCAAGAGGCCUUGGAGUAAAAGAAAAGCAAAACAGAAAUCAAGAAGAACUUAAACUAAAGCAAAGAAUUGAACUGGACUCAUUGAAACAACAGCACCAGCAGGAGAUCCAGUCCAUAGUGUCCAAGUUUAGCAGCGCUCAGACUUUCCUUCAGGCAAAGAUUGUUACCUUGGAAGCUGAGCUGAAGGAGAUGGAAGAUAAGGCGAAGAAGCAGCCUCGGAUGGAAAAUCUGCAGCUUAUAAACAGCUUGCAGGAUAAACUGGCUGAUAAAGAUCAAAUUAUUAAACACCUGCUGGAAAUUCAAAGCUUUGAUGAUGACAUCGCAAUGCCACUUAUUCAAGAAACACACAGAAGUCAUUCAUUUUCCUGCAAUCCAAAUGGUGGCAGUCUAACACCCACAAUGAAGAAAAAAAAAUUAGGUGAGAUACCAACCCGUGUGAUCAGCGUACCCAAUCUGGCGGCGUAUGACAAAACCUUUACGAAUAACAGUGUCAGCUCGAAAAAGCCAACAAGUCCUGUGAGAUCUUCUCCCAGCUUAGCUCACAGCAUGAAGCCUGGCUAUCCUUUCCGACCACCUGCACAGCUUCUAGAUAUCAUCCGGCCAAAUAGGCGGAACCCUGCCAAUGUACCAAUAAAAACAGAAGCAAAGGAACAGGAGUCCAAACGUCCUGAAUGGUUUACAAAGUAUUUUUCAUUCUGA